AUGACUGUAAAAAUUCAAGUAUAUCAGUUAAUAAAUGACAAGAAGAAAGGAAAUUUUUCUUUUUCUUAUCAGAUUCUACCUGGAGUUGACAUCAUGGGCCUGUGGUUGGUCAUUCCCAGAGUGGCCACUGCAUGCAUCCACCGGUUCAGUGAUGGGGGCAAGGAAAAAAGGAUUGCCCACUUUCUGUAUCAGUGGAGUUUGAUGGAAAGAGACAGGCUCAUCUCUGGAGUUAACCAUUACUGUGUGUCAAAGGGUUUGUAG